AAGCUAUAACAUAGAAAAGGCAAGACAAGUUUAUGCAAAUGGAUAUAGCUCAAGCUCUAUUUAGAGCUCUUAGUGAUGAAAAGUAUGAGAGUUCAACAAAUACCAAGACAAGAAAGAGAAGUCAGAGUCCAGCUGGCCCUGUAAUAAAAAAAAUGAAAGAAGACAAUAUAGAGAGUAACAAACAUCCCAAGGAAAAUCAACAGAUCAGUGAUGAUUCUCAAAGCAAUUCCACAAGCAAGAAACAAAGUCAGAAUACUGGUAAAGGAAUAUCCCUCAUGGAUAUGUACGAGGCAUGCGAUUCUGAAAAGUCCAGAAAAGAAGUCAGACAGAAAGCUAUUCAAAUGAUGAGACAGUCUGGAUAUGAUGUAUCUGUCGUGGAGCCAGGAGAAUUUGCAUUAAAAUAUGCACUUUCAGCACCUUAUCAUCUAUUCUAUACAAGAGUAGAGAAAGUAAAGGAAACUUACAAUCAAAAGUUUUCCAUAACUUUCCCUGAGAUUCUUGAUAGAAGUCUUGGAGAGAUAGUCAAUAGUCUUCAUCUGACUUUUAUGGUAGAUGCCAGAUGGUUAUGCUUGCAAUAUCUGUUGGCUGGCCAGUGUACUGACAUGAUGAUCCUAUAUGGCGAAAGAGUAGAUAAAGAAAAAUUAGGCGACAAUAUCACCACGGUACAUGUGGAGAUGCCAUUUGAAUUCGGAUGCCAUCAUACCAAGAUUAUGAUUUUGCAGUACAGAGAUAAUGGAAUCAGGGUGGUUGUUUCCACUGCCAAUUUGUACUCUGAUGACUGGGAGAAUAGGACGCAAGGGAUGUGGAUUUCGCCUCAUUUACCUCGACUGUCGAAGGCUGCGAAACGCUGCGGAGAGUCACCAACAAAUUUUAAAAAGGACCUGCAACGAUACCUAGGCACAUAUCAUAAUCCUGCUUUGAAGCGAUGGAGGAAGCUAGUGAGAAAGGCGGACUUUUCUGCCAUAAAUGUAUGUCUCAUUGCGUCCACACCGGGGCGUUUCAGACAUACCGUAAAUUUAUGGGGAUACAAAAAAUUGGCGGAUGUUCUAUUCCGACAUGUCACGCAGCUGCCGAAUGCGCUGGAAUGGUCUAUAAUUGCACAAAGUUCCAGCGUAGGCAAUUUCGGUCCGAGAUAUGAGGGUUGGUUGUCAAAGGAGAUAGUUCGGUCUAUGGCGUGGAAAACCGUGCGGGACUUAAAGGAUUAUCCGAAAUUCCAACUUAUUUAUCCAUCAGUGGAGAAUUAUGAGCAGAGUUUCGAUUAUCAAAAUGGGACCUCAUGUUUUUUCUAUAGCAGGGAGGUGCAUUCCAAGCUGCAGUGGAUUAAAUCGUAUUUAUACCAGUGGAAGGCGACGAAAACGGGACGCAACCAAGCGAUGCCUUAUAUUAAAUCCUAUACUAGGAUUUCACCUGACUUGAAAAGAAUUGCAUGGUUUGUAUUGACCAGUGCGAAUCUCAACAAAGGUGCGUGGGGAGUCCAACGAAGUAACUAUUACAUCGCGAAUUACGAGGUCGGCGUUGCGUUUCUACCAAAGUUUAUCACUGGGAGAACAACGUUUCCAAUCACAGACGAGGAUCUGACUGGCCCAACAUUUCCGAUUCCAUAUGAUCUUCCAUUGUGCCCAUACGAGUGAUAGUCUUCUUAUCACAUAAGAGUUUCUCAACGAGUAGCCUGUGAUAUUUCCUAUGAUGCCAC